CGAAAAGCUAAUCCAUUUCUGUGCUCACGGCAGACUAUAAAUUUAUUGACUCUGCUUGGAGCUGAAUCUAGGGUUUAGCUGUUCUUCAACCGUCGACUCUCAGUACUUUUCUCGCUCACGUUUACGAUGGCCAAGAGAACCAAGAAGGUGGGCAUUGUCGGGAAAUAUGGCACUCGAUAUGGUGCUAGUUUGAGGAAGCAGAUUAAGAAGAUGGAAGUCAGUCAACACAGCAAGUAUUUCUGUGAGUUCUGCGGGAAGUAUGCCGUGAAGAGAAAGGCCGUGGGUAUUUGGGGGUGCAAAGACUGUGGCAAAGUCAAAGCCGGUGGUGCUUACACAUUGAACACUGCUAGUGCUGUGACUGUCAGGAGCACAAUCCGGAGGCUGAGGGAGCAGACAGAGAGUUAAAUCUAGUGAAUUUUGUGUUAGAUUUCUGCAUUCAUGUGCUUCUCUACUUUUGCAUUUUGUGUUUUGCAACUUCAGAUUCGGUAACUGGCAAGUUUAUGUCUGGAAUAUGUAUUGAUAAAUUAAAAUUUUGAGACUAUCAUAUGUUGAAGUAACUUGUUGAGAUCAAGUUUUUC